AGGACCUCCUAACGUUAAGCCACGUUUCGAGACGCUGAUAUUAUCAUUCCAAAUAAACUAAAGUGAAAAACGUGGAGUUAAGACGCUAUGAGGAAUUAUUCUUUAUUACUAGUUUAAUUAUUUAUUGUGUGAAAUCGAAAGUGCUAUUUUUUAGGAAGAAAAGAGAAACAAACAUUUCACGACGGAUUCAGCAUCAUCAGGUGACAGUGCUGAAAGACACGGGGUUCGAACAUACAGCCGAUGCCAUGGUAUUAUGCAGCAUUUGAUAUUGAGUACAACAUCCUGGUUCGUUUUACUGAGUACGUGCUGUGUUGUUAUUGGAGGAUCUAAUAACCCACCACGAUUUGCUAUCGGAGGUAUAAGUGAAAUUGUUGUACGUGUUCAGGAAGGCCCCGAAAGUCAAGGGAAACUACUGUAUCGGUUAAAUGGUGAAGACCCGGAUGAAGAUAAGCUUACGUACGGUGUUAUGGGUCCAGUUGGGAAGGACCUUCUGCGAUUUGAGAGUGUGGGAAAAACGGACGCUAACGUCUAUCUUCGCCAUGAACUGGACAGGGAGGUGAAAGAUUCCUACUCAUUUGUGUUAACACUAACGGACGGAAAACUCAGAGAAGGGUAUUACAUUACACAAACAAUGUUGAUAAUUGUGGAAGACGUCAAUGACAACGAACCAGUUUUCAAACCAUUUAGGUCUACCAUAUCCGUGAGAGAAGAUGCUGUGACAGGUGUGUUAGAAACCGUUGAAGCAGUAGACCAAGAUGCAGGACCCUUUGGACAAGUAAUUUACAAACUACAGAACGAGGAAGAAGAUGUCAUUAAGACAUUCUCAGUCCAAACCCAGAACGGUAAAGGCGUCAUAAACCUCAUAGGACCGUUAGACUUCGAAAAGAAAUCUUUAUAUCAACUUCGUGUUCUAGCGACCGACCGUGCAAAUUCUAACAGAAAGAACACCGCCACAGCUGCCAUCUUAGUUAAAGUGGAAGACGUGGAAGAUCAGCCUCCAGUGUUUAGUCUUGUUCCACCUGUAACGCGUAUUCCAGAGGACUUACCUUUGGGGUCCCACGUCCUGACUGUCAAAGCUAUAGACGGUGAUCGAGAAAUAGAUAACGUUAUUAAGUAUCGAAUCAUUAAAGGAGGACGUGCUCUGUUCGAGAUUGAUUCGUUCUCCGGCGUUGUUACGGUUAAAGGUAAACUGGACAGAGAAGGAACGGAAAACAAUAACGGAGCCUACAUCCUGGAAAUUGAGGCCCAAGAAGAUACCCCAGUAGUCUACCCUGUACCGAGUGUUAAAACUGAGGUGACUGUCAUUUUAACUGAUGUUAAUGACGAAACGCCAACGUUUCGAAGUAAGAAAUAUAUUGCCGAAGUGAACGAGAAUGCUCAAGUCAACGUUCCAGUAAAUUUCAUUGGAGAUAGUCUUCCCGAAGUGUUUGACCACGAUCAGGGCACCAAUGGAACAUUUAGGAUGUAUUUAGAAGAAGAUAAUGACGUAUUCGAAGUAACGCCAUCAGAGGGCGUUAAUGAAGCUUCUUUUCUUAUUCGUGUAAAACAUUCUAUUCCACUGGACUAUGAAAGAGUGAAAGUAAUGAAUUUCAAGAUCAUAGCUCGGGAAACUGCUGUUAUAUCUCCUAAAUCCAGCACAGCUGAUGUCACCGUUUACAUACGUGACACUAAUGACAACUUUCCUCAAUUCUCCGACACAAUGUACCAGGUUACGAUACCAGAAGAUGUACGGGAAGGAACCACGGUAGCUGUUGUUAAGGCAACGGACCAAGACUCUGAAGCGUUCGGAACAGAUGGAAUUCGUUAUACCGACCUCCGUGGGCAAGUGGCGGAUAAAUUAACUCUUGAUUCUAUUUCGGGUGUCAUUACUGUAAAAACGUCACAGCAUGGGUUUGACCGAGAAACAACGUCACAGUAUUAUGUCACAGUAGAAGCACGCGACAAUGAAGGCUUAGGAAACAGAAAUACAGUUCAACUUCAGAUCACUUUGGAGGACGUGAAUGACAACAGUCCAGAGUUCUUGUUUCCACAAUACGAAGCACGUCUGCAUGAAAACGAGGCUAGUUUUCUCACCCCACUUGUUGUUCAGGCUGAAGACAAAGAUUUAAAGAAUACAAGAAACAGUGAAAUUCGCUACCAAAUAGUCGGUGGAGAUCGCCAGGGAAAUUUUACCAUCGAUGCUGUUACAGGCGAGAUUCGGCCAAGGGCUCCUCUUGAUUUUGAGAUGAUAUCCCAGGAAAAAGGUGACGUUCGGACUUUUAGGUUAAAAGCUCGUGCUUAUGAUCUGGGCGAACCAUCCUUGAGCAAUGACGUCUCUGUGGAAAUAUACGUUAGGGACACCAAUGACGUUGUUCCAGUGUUCCAUAGCUCUUUCUAUAACAAAGCUAUUCCAGAAGACACACCAGGUGGGACUUCUGUUCUUCAGGUCCAAGCCUUCGACGGUGAUCACUCUCCUGCUAACAGUCGAGUUGUUUACCGUAUUCAGACAGGCGCUCAGGAUAAGUUUGUUAUCGACGCCAAUACCGGUAUUAUUUCAGUAGCUGUUGGCGCCAACUUAGAUCCUGAUAUGACUAAUCCGAGAACUACCAUUUACUUGUUAGAAGUGGUUGCCUUGGAUGGUGGAAUUGGAGACGAUCAGAAGCAUGCGGUAACUAGGACUAACAUCUCUAUUAUUGACGUUAAUAACAAAUCUCCUACAUUUACAGAUCUAGUAAUGACACUCGUGCCAGAGGAUGCUCCGGUGGGUCAUCUUGUUGCGAGAGUAAAAGCAGUCGAUUUAGACGAAAAGCCUAUCUUGAGAUAUUCAUUUGAUUAUUUUCACAGUGAAGCAAAGAAUGAAAAUGGGGCAGUAGUACUGGAAAAUGAGUUUGAUAUUCAAGGAGUUUUUGACAUAAACAACGCAGAUGGGACAAUAACUGUUGUAAAAGCACUAGAUCGUGAAAAAAUAGAAACUAUGAAGCUAGUACUGAAAGUGGAAGAUCUUGCCGCCACCACAGAUGGACAGACAGCAACAGCGACCCUGACUGUUCAAAUUGACGAUAUCAAUGACAACCGCCCAGUUUUUAAAAAACUGAACUAUAAACAUGUGGUGGCAGAGAACAGUAAAGCAGGAUCACCCGUUCUUACAGUAAUAGCAACAGAUGCCGACAAAAAUCGGACAAUAUCUUACUCACUAGAGGGCAGGCCACAAGUCUUAUCAUUACUUUCGAUCGAUUCUAAAACAGGUGAAAUUACAGUAGACGGUAAAAUUGACAGAGAACACUUCUCGUGGUUGAAUCUGACCAUUCGGGCGAUAGAUGGCGGAAAACCUCCUCUUUCAAGCACGGCCGAUUUGUAUCUUCAGGUGCUGGAUGAGAACGACAAUAAUCCAGUGUUUGUAGACAGGAUGUCUGAUUUCACAGUACCAGAAGAUACUCCAGUUGGUCACGAGGUAGCGACAAUAAAGGCGACAGACGCUGACACAGGGGAUUAUGGAAAAUUAACGUAUACUUGGGAUUCCGCUGGGGCUGAAGGGAAAUUUAGGAUCGACCGAGAAACGGGCCAAAUAAUUGUAAGUGAAAAGCUUGACAGAGAAGAUAAAGACAUUUAUAGUUUAAUUGUACAGGCUUGGGAUAACUACGAAUAUGGGUUUUCGACCGGCGAAAGUAGGAAAGCGUUCAUAAAGAUUUCCAUUCGAGUUACAGACGUAAACGACGAAACGCCAACAUUUGUAAAGCAGCUGCUUUGUGCUAGUGUGACGGAGUUUCACGAACUAAGAAAGACCGUAUUCAUGGUGUCAGCUAUCGAUAAAGACGAUCCCUUUACAGAGAACUCCAGAGUAACGUUUUCCAUUGUUAAUGGUAACCAAGCAGGCUUGUUUGAAAUUCAGACAUUAGAAGACAACAGUGCCAAAAUACUCUCUCAAAAGCCACUUCGAAAUAGGUUCGGGAACUAUACUCUAGAGAUUCGAGCUCAGGAUCGAGGACGACCUUCCCUUAACUCGACGGAAACAUUUCAUGUUUGUGUUACGGACGUGAACGAUCACAACCCAAUAUUCUUUACACCUCCUAGUAAUUAUACCAUUAGGAUUCCCGAGAACGCCACAGUUGGAUCUACUGUGUUACACGUUAGUGCUAGUGACGACGACAUUGGAGACAAUGGCCAAGUUCGUUAUAGACUGAAGGAAUUAAGUAACGGUCAUUGGAGAACGUUUCACAUCGAUAAAAUAACGGGUAUUUUGACGCUUCAGAAUAUGUUGGACAGAGAAAAGCAACGUAAUUACGAGCUACGGGUAGAAGCUUAUGACCUAGGUCAACCAACUUCUCUGUCCAGCGAUCUUGAUGUCACCGUGUACGUCACCGAUGUUAACGACUAUGCUCCAGAGUUCACAGAAGACGUGUACCGAGUGGCGUUUAUAGAAAACCACCCACCAAACAAAGAAAAAUUUAAACUAAUCCCAACAAUUGACAAAGAUGAUCAUGAAAGUUUAACCAAAGCUAUUCCAUGCUACUUCAUAGUAGGGGGAAAUGAGAAAAAUCGUUUCCGAUUGGAUAUUUUUACUCAUGAGUUGUACGCCAUUGAAACACUGGACCGAGAAGAAAAGUCAGAAUAUUCUUUAAUUAUUCAGGCAGCAGACGACUGCUUCCACAUACCGCCAUCUAUCGAACGCUUUGAUCCUUGGGACAAUACUCUCCUUCAAGUUGACGUAACCGUUAAGGAUGUAAACGACAACGCACCUCAGUUUGUGAAAUCAGUUUUUACUGGAGGAAUCACCACGGAGGCAGACUUUGGCAGCAUCUUUAUGACUGUGAAGGCAACCGAUUCCGACAUAGGAGUUAACAGUAUUGUGCAUUAUUACAUUGUUGGGUCAAUACGGCGAACGUUAUCAGAAGCCUUGGAAUCCAUCAGAGGGCCACCAUUCUUACUGGAUAACAAAACAGGAGAGAUCAGUUUAAAUUUUGACCCUCAAAAGAAAAUGAAAGGGUAUUUCGACUUCGAAAUUUUAGUAAAUGACACAGAUGGACUUUUUGAUACGGCUAGAGUAUUUAUUUAUUUACUACGAGAAGAUCAGAGAGUUCGUUUCGUUUUACGACUGACUCCCACAGAGCUACGCCAAAAAUUAGAGGAAUUCAGGGAGGAACUCAACAGGCAACCCCCACUAGACCAGAGGUUCCUAACACAAAUCAACAUUCUGUUGAAGGUGUUAAAAAUUUCCAUUUCUCCUCAAUUUUUCAGAAGUGAUCUGUACCUGCAUUUUAUAAAUCGUAAAGACAAUUCUAUAAUGGACGUUGACACAGUUUUAUCUCUCAUCGACAAAAAUAACGACUACCUCGAUGAGCUGUUCAAGGAGUUCAAUGUCUUGUAUAGUGAGGCUGCUAAAAGUACAUCCUUAUUAGACGGUGCCGAUGACCAGAUGAAGGUGUGGUUGAUUGGAUUAGCAGUUUUUCUAGUGAUCAUGUUGGUACUAGUUCUUUCUCUAUGUGUGACACAACGAAGCAGAUACGAAAGACAGUUGAAAGCAGCUACAGCAACAGCUUUUGGAACUCAACAGUCAGCCACUACUAGUACAGAUAUUCCUAACACAACCCACAUAUGUUUCUUAUAUAAUUUAUCAGUUACCGCAAAAUACUGGGGAACUUUUUACCUUUAA